AUGUUGAGGAUUUUGGAAAGGGUCGCUGGGCCUACUAUUGGCAUUGUAGGCCGUGGGUCGGUUACAGAACGACUCAGGUCUAAUGGGGUUGAGAUAUUCAGGGGUAUUGCUGGAGUGACCCCUAGUGUGGCUGAAUAUUGGAUCAAGGCCAUAGAGAAGAUCAUGGAUGACCUCGACUGCACCCCCCAAAAGAAACUAAAAGGUACAGUAUCACUGCUGAGAGACGAGGCUUACCAGUGGUGGCUUACUGUCAAAGAGGGCACUCAAGCCGAUCGUUUGACCUGUGAGUUUAUCAAGACUACUUUCCAAGAUAAAUAUGUUUGUUCUAGCUAUGUGGAUGGCCGUAGGAGGGAAUUUUUGAAUUUAACUCAUGGAGAUAAGACAGUGGCUGAGUAUAAAGCUGAAUUUUUGCGACUUAGCCGUUAUGCGCGGGGGAUGGUGGCAACUGAAUAUGAGCGCUACAUUCGUUUCGAAGACGGCCUCAAAGAUAGUCUACAGAUCGCCAAGGAUGUGAAGCGCACUGAGCACCAGGACCGCGAAAAGGAAAGGGGUAGGAACAAGAGGGAUUCAGAGCCCUUGAGUUCAUUAAUGAGGCCUAAGAAAAAGCCCAGAAUUGAUGGGCCGAUCAGAGUUGAGGCCCCUAUUGCUGUUAUUGGACCGCAGCCCUGUGCUGAUUGUGGGAGGCGUCAUCAAGGCGAGUGCUGGCGAAGGAUUGGGACAUGUUUUAGGUUCAGAUCUUUGGAGCACCGUAUCAGAGAUUGUCCAUAG